AUGAAUUAUCAAGCUUCAGGUUCAAUGAGAGAGAUUAAAUUUGAAUUUAAUUUAAAAUAAAAUUUAAAUAAAUUAUAAAUUUAUAUUGGAGGAUCAGGAAUGGUAAUUCAAUAUUUAAUUAUUUUAGAUUAAUGGAUAUUAAGUCGGAAUAUUUAAAGGAAGAUUAUCAAAACUUUUUAUUCAUCAUUUAGAUUUAUAAUUUGAAGAGAUANUUAUGAGACUAUGA